ACAAAACAAAGGAAUAAAGGUCAGAACGUGACACAACUGCUCAGCACCAGUAUGUGUGCGUGCGUGUGUGUAAGAGUGUGUGUGUAUGUGUGAAUGGGUAAAAGCUCAGAGGUUAGGUCAGACAUCAGGGCCCAGGGAUGUUGCUAUGAUGUAAAACACGUACUUUACAGCCAACUGCUAGAGUCCCAUUGGUCCUAAUUUAGCUACGUCCUUUCAUAUAAUACUGUUGGGCAUUUGUGUAUGCGCUGCCUUGUCCACGAUUUUAUCAGUGUGGUAGGACCCUCCAGCUUAUAGAGAAAAUAUUCAGUCUCUCUCGACAGUAGGAAGAGCAAGUCCUCAGUGUCAGACACCCUUUAGCUAUGUCAUGUAUAUUGAUAUAUUUCUCCUUCUUCCCCUGCCUAUAGCUCUAAUUCUCCUCUCUGUCAGAUAACGCUGCAAUAAUGCGCUUUCCUUUCUCCGCGCGCAAAGGCCGAGUCGCCCUCUAGCUCUCUAGCAAGCGUAUUCUUACUCCAGCGAUGUCAACACUGCCCCUGCUCCCAGCGAGCCCCCUGGCCUCCAUUGAACACGUUUAAUGUUUACCAUAAAAAGCGUGAAAUACAAUCCAAUAUCCACUGCUGCUCAAUUUUUUCUCUCCCUCCGUUUUUUUUUUACUGCCUUGAAUAUUCAUAAUUAAUCUGACGCAGCGAUAAUAAAUGUUAUAUGCUUCCUUAUCAUCAGAAGGCCGGGAAAGGAAAGAAGGCUGUAUUCUCUCUAUCCCUGCCCGCCUCGCUGCCACUGUUUGGAUUAAAUAAAGACAGAUCCAAAUAAGACUGACCCCUCUAACCUCGUAUCUUAUGAGCGGAACUGAUAAUGGAAAUGAUUUACUCUGCAAACAGAGCUGCCUAUAUGCCUGCAAGCACAGCUUCUCUCUCUCAUUCUAGUGCUGAACUCUCUCCUCUUCUGCUCUCUUCCUCUGUCGUUCUCUCUUGUUUAUCCUUUCUAUCCUCCUAUUUCAACUACCCUUCUUUCUACCCCCCCUCUCUUUAUCUCAGCUUCCAUCUCUCUCUCUAACACACAGAUCAACCAGAUCCUCCCUCAGAGAUCCACCUGGUCAGCUUCACCCAUGCCUCUGCAACUCUAGAAUGGAUCCCAGGCUUCGAUGGGGGAUUGGAGCAGAGAUUCCAUAUCAGCUACCGUUGGGAGCAAACAUCUUCAUUGUGACAGGCCUGUCCCCCGCCACUACAUACAACUUUUCUGUCAACGCACUCAACUCCAUGCUGAGAGAGCGGCUACGCAGACAACAACUCAGUACACACCAUCACCAGCGAGGAGUGGGAAGGAGCAAUCCAGGAAGAAGAUCCCUUUGGGGAGGACACGAGAGGGUUGUCGCUGUAUCAGACCGUGAUCAUGGCGGUGGUUGGUGGGGCUCCGCUGCCGGCUCUCAACUGGCUGGGCUGCUUUCUGUGUCUGAGGUGGAAGAAGAGGCGUGGCCAGACAGGUUCACUGUGUUCACUGCCAGCGGCUCCACCAGGUACGAGGUCAGAGGGCUGGUGAACCCUGCGGCCCAGCGCACCCUCCUCAUCGACAGCGGGUCAAAACCAGACAGCAGCGUAUAUGGGUGCUAUGCUGGGGAGAGCUCCCACUACUACUACCCCACCAGUGACUACUGCCCCUCUCUCUACCCCCACCCCGAGGGAGCACAAGGGCAAGAUGGCUGCCACUACCCACUGGAGGCCAUAGGCCAUGAGUAUGAGGAGGUGAGAGACUGGGGCAUGUAUCAGGACGUGCUGGGGUUGUCUCUCCCACUGCCUCCUUCCCAGUUUGACCCCUGGUUACCAGAGCAGAGGCGAGAGUGGAGACCACCCCCACCCAGUUACCCUCAGGGAAGUGGGAGGGACAUGAUUGCCCUGCAGCAGCCAAUCAGAAGGAAGAAUCCGGUGGAUGAGCGAUGCCCAGAGAGAAGCGACUCUGAUUUACCUUUUGAGCUCAGAGGACAGUUAGUUUAGGAAGCUUAGGCCUUGAUUCCAGAAUGUGGACAAUACCUCAGACUCAAAUACAAACUCUUAGUGCUGUGUUGGUAUUGAGUACUAUAUGAAUAGGAAGCCUUCCAACUGUUACUACCAAAAGGUACAGUAUUUACUGUAGGUGAUAUUGUGGGACAGUCAAUCAAUACAAAUUAGGCCUACCAUCGAUCCAAAGACCUCAAAGAUAUAAAAUGUAAAAGAUGAAGCAACAAAACAUGCAGAGUUUUUCGUACAGAUUUACUAGUAACAGUUGAUUAUACUCUACUGUACAAAUAAAAUGGAUCAUCUAGGCCUAGGCCUAACUGAUACACAACCCCAA